AUGCGGAGCCUCAUAAGCAUCUGCCUCCUAGCCACCCUGGCCGUCCAGGCGGCAAGCCAAGCCAUCGGCAACUGGACGAUCUACCGCUUCUCCCGAAAUUGCACCGACGCCGCCGAGCCACCCAAGGACCAGAACCGUUGCUCAUACCACUUCUUCAUCAGCGAGAAGCCAGCCGGCGUCUUGGAUGCUUCCUUCCAGCAGUGCACCAUCCACGUCUACUCUGCCUGGUUGCCGGCCACGCAGAUUCCCUGGGUCGCCGUCCCCUGCCUCGAAAACACUGACGUGUCAAAGUACGCCAUCAGCAGCGGCUGGAACAGCAACGGAUUCAUCACGGUGAACGUCAUGAACCUCUUCACGCUUGAGAACGCGUACUUUGGCUACGACGACAAGGACCUGGUGGGCGGAGCCGAGGUCGCGAGCAAGACGGAGAGGGCGUACAAGUUUGGCACGUUUGAGCCCCUUCGCCCUGGUGGCGGUGAGCUGGCAAUGAGGGAGGAUCGCAGGUCCGAGGCUCUUGUGCAGAGGCGAGAGGACUGCGAUGCGGCUUGGUGGGUUGUCAAGAAGCUGCAGCGGAGGAUAGACAUGUCGAACCACGUGAAGCUGGACUUUGUCCUGCAGCGAUGCGGCAUGAAAGACACACGUUGCGAUCUCUUGACCGAAGCCGCCAACUUCACUCGAGGUAUCGACGCCAAGCUGGACGACUUCCACGACAAGCCCUGCGAUAACAAUAAAGAUCUGCACAUUUCGUGGGGCUACAAAGCCGAUACUGAUGGUGGCGUUAUGACUGUUGAGGAUCGUAGAAUGCGUCUCCGGGCGUUUCUCGGAUGGGACCGUGUCAAUGAUCAGAUCACCAUUGAGAAGGAAGCUCGCGGCAAGGUGGAGGCCUAUUAA